AUGUCUUCCAGCGCGAACAUACCCCAUCGCACUAUUUCGAGCAUCCGGGGCGGCGCUGGCUCAUCCAAGGAGGGCGUGCCGCAUACACCAGCACGACCACAUUCUAGCUCGAUCAUAGGAUCACCUUCGGGAGGACGAGUAGAGGAGGACGUAAUUGUAAUCGAGCUGGGUUGUCGAAAUGUAAGGGUUGGCUUCGCUGGAGACUACGAACCCAAACGAAUCAUUACCUUCGACGCAGAUUCGGACAAACGAGUUGGCGAUUUAAGAGCUUGGGAAGCUGGAUAUGCCGAGAAAUGGCGAGAAAGAUUAGCAGGCCGGCCUUGGGGGUUUCAACAUGAGCUGUUCCAGCUCGAUUGCCGUGGGCAAGACAUGGCCCUUGUCGGAGACAAGCUCGAACGCGGCCUCCGUGAUGCCUUUGCGACACACCUGUUGCUCGACUCGACCAAGCCAAAGAAGAUAUCUCUCGUCCUCACGCCGGCCCUGCCACUGCCAAUCAUAUCAUCUGUGAUCGAUACAAUCUUCAUUCACUUUCAAGCGCCUUCGAUAUCCCUCCUGUCGUCACCAGUUGCGACAACGUUUGCAGCUGGCAUACGGUCAGCACUUGUGGUAGACAUCGGCUGGCACGAAACGACAGUCACGGGGAUUUACGAGUAUCGCGAGGUCAACACCAUGCGAUCGACAAGAGCAGGAAAGAUGCUCCUGGAGGAGACGCGGAAUUUCUUGGUCGACGCCAUACAACCACGAACAGAGGCCACACAAGGCAGCAUACCAACCACCAACGACGUUGUGGAUUUUGAAGACUGCGAGGAGGUCGCAACGAGAAUGCUAUGGUGCAAAAAGGCCCAUAGAACACCAAUCCAAGAUACACCAUUGGGAUUGCACACGCUACACGAACAGGAUGAGAAUGAGGGUGUAGAUCCCACAGAGGACACCACACCAACUCCCAUAUACCUCUCAUCUUGCAGCCCACCCAAAACUCUUCAGAUACCCUUUUCCAAACUCGCAGAGCCAUGCGAGGCAACCUUUUUCCAGACACCAUAUGCUACGGCCACAUUUGACGACGAGGAGCUACCUAUACAUUUGCUUGUUUACUUGGUCCUGCUCAAGCUGCCGAUGGACGUUCGUGCUAUCUGUAUGUCUCGCAUCAUUUUCACAGGGGGCUGCUCAAAAGUUCUUGGGUUACGCCGCCGUGUCUUUGAUGAACUACGUCUCCUAGUGGAGGAGCGCGGCUGGGAUCCGGUGCAGGGCCGCGGUGUUCAGGCAUAUAGAAACAAUCCCAAGCUAAAACGCAACGGUGGCACCAAGAUUCGAGAGACCCCCAUCCCUUCCAUCCAGACGCCAGAAGGUUCCGAGGACAAAGAUGAGACACCAACACUAGGGGAUCCAUCCCUGGCACCUGCAGAAGAAGAUCCUGUCAAUUCUGCAAUCUUGAAGGAAAAGGGCUACAAGCCUCCAGUACAAGGCACACUACGUGUCAUUGAUUCCAUGGGACCCUGGAUUGGCGCGAGCCUGGCGACACAGCUCAAGAUCUCCGCCCUUGCAGCAGUGGAACGCGAUCUUUGGAUGCAACAAGGCCUGAAUGGCGCCAGUAAACCCAACGAGAUCGAUGCCCAGGCACAGCAAACACGCAUGUCGAGGCAAAGCAUGGGCCCUGGAGGCCUGGCAAAGAGCCAAGGCAAUUGGACUCUGGGGGUAUGGGGUGCCGUAUGA